AUGUUUACAGAGUCAGACUGUGAGGAGGGCGAGGGCUCCAGUGGCUUCCUCACCCCAAAUUACAGCCUGGCAUCCAGCCCUGCAGCAUCAACGGGCACCAACUACUCCAACGGCAGCUCACGACACUCCUGUGGCUCCUCAGGAGGAUCCAGGUCUGACCUGCCCGACUGCCUGCAGAUUGUCAAACCUCUGGAAGGCUCAGUGACUCUGCACCAGUGGCAGCAGCUGGCCAGGCCAAACCUGGGAGGCAUCCUGCAACCACGUCCGGGUGUCUUGACUAAAGACUUCAUGGAGCUCGAGGUGGACAUACAGCAGGUCUACAGCCUCAAUGACCUGGAGGAGGAUGAGCCUGACCUGUCGCAGCUCUCUGGAGCACACGGCAUGGUCUCUCCAUCCAGUCCCAACCUCCCCCAGACCUCUCCCAGACCUCUCCCACACAUACCAUUACCACUUGUCACGUCCUCCGACCCUCCCUCCUCAUGCCCUCCAUCUCCACUAGGUAAGAAUACACACACAUGCAGUCUCCCAGAGACUUGGUGGGCUUUCAUGCAUGCUGUAUUGUCUUUGUGUAUUUUUUAUAAACCUGACCAAGUUAGAUUUGAACUCAUACUUGAUUUUGUAUUGGCAUGAUGGACCUAAUUUCCUGUUACUCUGAACAAGGAACUCCUGAAAAAA